GGCGACACAGUUCUAAUAAUCCAGCUGUGGCUCGCAUCAAGCAUCACAACACUGUUAGCAACCUUAGCUUGAGGGGAAGCGACGUGCAGUUAUUUUCUACUAAUUUGGAAACAUAUUAACAGGUACGCUGGAAUUUUCGGACACCCACUCGGACAUGUCAUAUGUCUUCAUCACUGACUCGUCACAGACCAGCGUGCCUCUGCUGCAGGGCUGCAUCGAUGGAGACCUUCCGUUCGCCAAGAGGCUCCUAGAGACGGGGUGCGACCCCAACAUCCGGGACAACCGCGGCCGCACCGGCCUCCACCUAGCCGCCGCCCGCGGGAACGUGGAAAUAUGCCGUCUGCUGCACAAGUUUGGUGCUGAUCUGCUUGCGACAGAUUACCAAGGGAACACGGCGCUGCAUUUGUGCGGCCAUGUGGAUACUAUACAGUUCCUGGUGUCCAACGGGUUGAAGAUUGAUAUCUGUAACCACAAUGGGUCAACACCCCUGGUGCUGGCAAAAAGACGGGGCGUCAACAAGGACGCUAUUCGCCUUCUGGAGGGUCUGGAGGAACAGGAAGUGAAAGGCUUCAACAGAGGGGCCCACUCUAAACUGGAGACCAUGCAGAUGGCUGACAGUGAGAGUGCGAUGGAGAGCCACUCUCUACUCAACCCCAACCUACAGAGCAGCGAAGGGGUCCUGUCCAGCUUCCGCACCACCUGGCAGGAGUUUGUGGAGGACCUUGGCUUUUGGAGGGUCCUGCUGCUGCUGGUGGUCAUCGCCCUCCUCUCCCUCGGCAUCGCCUACUACGUCAGCGGCGUGCUGCCUUUCUCCAGCAGCCAGCUGGAGUUGGUUCACUGAGGAGAAUAAGGGUUGAAGGUAGAGAAAAAUCAGCACGGGGGAAGAAGGUUGUAAAGUUGAGAUAAGGUUCUGCUUUCUGCUCAGUUUGUACCAAGCAAAGAAUGUGAUGAUUUUAUUUGCUCCCCAAAUCUGAUCUUAACCUCAUCUUACCCUUUUACCUAAAACAGUUAUUUUCCUCUAAUAUUUGCCUUUACUUAAUGCAAGAUUUGAUGGGUUGACUAAUUCACAAAGAUGCAGGAGAACACGUAUUAGUUUAGCUUGAAUGUUGUGUAAAAUCUCCUGUUCGAUGACUCAUCUGGAAAAUAUUACCCUGUUUGUUUGAUGCACCGACUGUCCAACAGUCCUUCGUUUCCUUGCCCUUUUUCUGUUACAAUCUGUGUACAUAUCAGUAUUUGUAUCUUAGAUUUUCAGUGUUCUCCCCAGUUAUAAUUAUUUAUUAUCUAUUCAAUUCUUUUAUGCUGAAUGUUUGUUGCAAUCCUGCAUCUCUGUUGUCAUAUUUGACUGAAACCUGUUUAAUUAACGUUGAUUUCUUUUCAUUUUGCUGUACUGACCCAGAACUGUCCUGUAGAAGGUAUGAAGGUUUUGAUGCUCAGAAAAACACCUUGACUGUGUGACUUAUUGGUAUAAGGGUCCAUUUAACGAAGCAUGCAGCUUUUUUGCAUUCCCCUCCACUUCAUUGCAGUGACCAUAAUAGGGGGAAUCUGUUGCAGAUCGGUUGUCUUGCUUUUUUUUUUUUUGUUUUACAUUCAUUUUAUCAGAUCAUCUUUUGCUAAACUGUUUUCUUUUGAUUUAACCAUGUAAAUAAAGCAUUUGAUGUAAAUCCUAGUUUCAUGUGGAAAACAAUAAAGCCUAGAACAACUGUAGUGAUCAAGAAAAA